AUGUCCACCCUAGUCCAUAAAUACUUUGGUGGCAAAACAGUUGUUAAAGUGACAGAAGUUCAAAGUGUUUUCCUCAACUGCUCUGAGAAGGAAGAUGCAUGGAAGCUUGGGCUCAUCAACCUUAUCUACCAGUGUCUCUUUGGAUCUGAUAAUAGGAAGAGGGUAUGUUUGAAGAUCUUCAGCAUGGUGGAGGAUAUGGAAAUGUUCCUUCAAUUUCCAUGGGGAAAGGUGUCAUUCAAUUCAACUUUGAAGGGUAUUGACAAGGACAUGAAACAUCUUCGGCAGCUAUAUGUGGAGAAGAAGGAAACUUGCAAGGGGAACUGUGAUGUUGCUUAUACUAUUAGUGGCUUCGCCAUAGCCUUCCAAGUUUGGACAUAUUUGGUUGUGUCUACAUUUGUCCCCAAAUUUGCGGAUAUGAUCGAGGAAAAACAUACAUGCCCAAGGAUAUUACUUUUUACAGCCUCCAGAAGCAACACCAACACUAGCCAAGAGGUAUUCAAUGCCCUUUUCAAAUGCAAUGUCUUUAACAAGAUUCAUGAGUCUGAGGAAGAGAAGAGGAACUACUGUGGGGAUGACUUUGAAGAAAUGGGAGAUUACAUUUAUGAUGAUUUAUUUGAGGUGGAUGGUAGGAAAAGAAAGAAUGAAGAUGGUAUUCCCAAACAAACGCCCAAGAGGAGAACAAUUAAAAGGACAGCAAUUAAGAUGAUCGAGUCUAGUGAUGAAUCUAGCGAAGACAGCUCUCGGUCUACUACUCGUGAAUCAACCCAUGUCCCUUCAGCAACGAGUCCUCAAAAGAAAGAAGACAGUUCUCCUACUAGGCAAGACAAGUUUGACAAUCCGGUGACUAAAGCCCAGAAUGAUGACAAGUUUGAUGAGCUUACAAAGGAUGUGAAGGAGUUGACAAGGGAUGUGAAGGAGCUGAAAACUGAAAUGAAGGUAAUGAAAGAGGAUCAACGGGUUAUGUUCAAACACAUAAUCCAAUUAUUGGAUGAAAUAAAACAACAAAAGAAUGAUGUUUCUGUUGCUGAUAUGAAUGAUGUUGGGUUGGAGGAUGCUGUUGCUGCUACUGAUAUGAAUGAUGUGGAGAAGGAUUUGGAAAUCAACAAAGAUGUUGCUGAUGAGAAUGAUGAUGUUGAUGAUCUGCCGAAUGAAAAAGAAGAUGCUGCUGAUAUGAAUGAUGUUGGGUUGGAGGAUGCUGUUGUUGAUGGUUUGGAGAUGAUAACCAAUGAUGAUGUUGGGUUGGAGGAUGCUGUUGUUGAUGGUUUGGAGAUGAUAAACAAUGCUGCUGUUGUUGAUGAUGACAAAGAUUCUUCUGCUGUUGAUGAGAUGAACAAAGAAGCUGUUGAAACUGCUGUUGUUGAAAUUGAUGAUGAAGAGGCUAAUGAAAACAAAGAUGAAGAGGCUGCAGCUGUUGUUGAUAAGAAUGCUGAGUUGGGAAAGAAAGAAUUGGCCACGAAGAAGAAGAGGAAGGGACAGAGUUUUCGGAGAAAGAAGAGGUCCACACAAUUGGGGAACUAUACAGAUCCUAAUGGAAAAUCCUUUAAACUCAUUGAUCCAGUAACUGUAAAUCCUCUUUUAGAUUAUGAUAGUGAACUGUUGGAUGAUUUGAAACAAUGGAUGAAGCUGGAGGAUGAUGACAAGAUAAAUCUGGUUCUUUUCCAUGCUGGUCGAGAAUUGUUUAACAGAAUGUUGAGGCCUCAGAAUUGGCUACAUGAUCAGCAGGAGAUAGAUGCAUCAUGUUACAUUCUUAAAAAAAGAGUUGUCAAUUUUCCCAAGACUUAUCAACCGAUGGAUUUCUCAAUAUGUGACUGUAAUGUCUCUACGAGGUUGUCGUUACGUUAUUCAAAGUUCUCCAAAAAUCCACAAACAUACACAUUCGACGAUGACUUGAUGGAAUAUUUCAGGGGUGAUGAAGAAAAAUUGAUGACUUCUUGGAUGAUUGUAGAUAAGAUAUAUUUCCCUAUGAAUCUUAAUAUGAAGCAUUGGGUCCUUUGUGAGGUGCAACUACAAGAUUGGUGCAUCAAUGUUUAUGACUGCGAACAAGGAUUUAUCAAAAAUAAUCACUAUGACAAGUUCAUGAAACCACUAUGUGAAAUGAUUCCAUAUCUCUUUCUAUUUGGAACGACCGAGUUUGACAGGAUCAAGUAUCCUAAGUUCAGUUUGGAAGGAAUGUCAUAUGUUGUAAUACCACACCCAAGAGUCCCCAAGUGCACGAAGAGUGGAGACUGUGGUCUUUUUACAAUCAUGUAUUUGGAGUACCUUACUGCAAAAUUGGAUAUAUAUCAGCUGUGA